AUGUAUGGAAAGUACACUAUGGAUGUCAUAUCUACCUGUGCUUUCGCUACGAAGACUAAUACUUAUAAAGAUCCAAACGAUCCGUUUGUAUUAAAUGCUCAGAAAGUGUUCCAGAUUUCAGUCAAACGACUUCUUCCACUCCUACUGUUCCCUAAAUUUGUGCUCAAAUUAUUGAACAUAACUCAUGGGGCAGAAGAGUCGGCCAAUGAGUUCUUCUUUAACAUCACGAGACGUAUAAUGAAAGAGCGGAAGAAUAAUCACAAGAAAUACAACGAUUUCAUUGAGUUAAUAAUGAACGCACAGAAGGAUAGCACUAAUAAUAACCCCAAAGAAGAUGAGAAUGAUGUCAAUGAAGCCCAUCAUGUGAAUGAAGGAAAGGAAGAGAAAGAAGUGGAGAAAAAGAUCUUAAGUAAUGUCGAUAAAUAUAUCACUGAAGAGGAAAUCCUGGCCCAGUCGUGGGUCUUCUUUGUUGCGGGAUAUGAGACGACUGCCACUACUCUU